AUGGACUACGGUGGCUAUUUCACGCAACAGGCCUCCAGCAUUGAUGGCUCGGUGCCAAAUCCGUUCCAGCUCAAUACUAAUUUCAAUUUGAAUAAUAGCGCAGGAUAUGGUAACGGUGCACAAACACAAAUUUACGGACAGUACACAAAUCCUUACCUUACUGGUAACAGAUCUCUACCAACGUCAACAAGUCAACAGAAUGCAUAUCGUCAAAGUACUCAUGAUUCUCUUCAAGCAUUCUUCAAUACAGGCCUACAAUACCAGUUGUAUCAAAAAUCCUCGUUGAUGGGAUCAACUGAUGGACGAAAUGCCGCUAGUGGGAUCAUGGCCGGCAUUCCUGGAUCAUCGCUUGUCGGAGCGCUUUGCGGAAAUCCGUCAGAAAGACGUAAGCAACGUAGAAUUCGAACUACUUUUACCUCGGGUCAGCUAAAGGAGUUGGAGCGAAGUUUUAUGGAAAGUCACUAUCCGGAUAUCUACACCAGAGAGGACAUAGCGAUGAGAAUUGAUCUUACCGAGGCUAGAGUACAGGUAUGGUUCCAAAAUCGGCGAGCCAAAUAUAGAAAACAGGAAAAACAACGGAGAGCUAAGGAAGAAGGGGAAGAUGCGGAGAAAAAAUCAGAGGUUGACGAGAAGCUCAGCACAAGCGAAACACUGUCCGAUCUCGUUGACCAUUGA